CACCUAGAUGGUAGCGUCGUCAUCGCGGUGCCAUUUUCCCUCCGAUUCCAGGAGAUUGCGGUAUGAGGAUAUCGACAAGCGUUAUCGAGCCGUAACCGUUCGAUAUAUCUCGUGUGGCUCCGCCAUCUUCUAGUUGGUCAGAUUACCGCCAAUUUAGCGAGUAGCGGCAUCAAUUUGGCGUGGAAGACGGUUCUGAUGUACAACGUAGUGGCGCGAUCGCGUGUGCAAACUUCCGCGAAGGUGCUCGCGAGAAAGGAACAGUCUUCCCUGUCCCGCCGUGCGUUUUGUCAACGUUGCUAGCUCCCAGGACUACGUCUGUGCGCGCCACUAUGGUUCGCUGCUAUUGUUUUUUAUGCGCGAGCGACGAUGGUGUCUUCUUGGAAAUAACACUGGAAAGCGUUCGCGUGGCGUUCGGCGGCCAGAUCGAGGCUUGUUUGUCAACAAAGGUCAACAAAACCAUCGAGCUGUCUAAUAAGAUAUGCUAUAAGUGUGCAUACGAAUUAGAUCAGUGCGCCAAGUUUCUACAGAAGAGCAAGAAGUUGGAAGAUGCUGCAAAAUUUCCAAAGAACAAGACACAAGUGCCACAUUGCUCUUUAUGCCUUGAGUCUGUAGAAAGUGGUCAUAUUUUUGACAUUACUGAGGACAAUCGCUCAGUAUUUAGCCCUUUACAGAAGAUUCGCAAGAUUUUUGAUGAGGAAUUUGCCAGGAAAAUCAACAAUUCUAAAUUGGUGUGUCUGGUGUGUCGGUAUAAUUUAGAUGUUUUGUAUGAUCUAAAGAAGCUACAUGAGCAAUCAGUCAACAAUUUAGAAGCGUUAGUCAAUGAUGAAUUGGAUUACUCAGGUUUUCCCAAGGUGUACACAGAUGUUGUAAAUCGCAAAACAACUAUUACUACGUUCCCAGAAACCACAAUAUAUGGAUUAAUAAGUUCCGACAGUGACAGCGGUAGCGAUAUGGCACGUAGCAAAUCACGUCGCAAACUCUCUGACAAGUCGCUGCGCAAUAAAUCGCGCAACAUUGUGCAUAGCAAAGUGCGCAUUAAACAAUCUAUAAAGAACAAUAUUCGUGAGAAAUCGCAAGUCGAUGUUAAAUCGAAGGACCGACGUUGCGACAGUUGUAACAACUCCGUCGCAAACGGCAAGGAUAUGUACAGAUUUUAUCAAACGGGUAACAUUGUCUGCAAAAGCUGUUGGAUAACAAUGGAUCCGAACAAGAGUAAACAAAAGAGGCACACGUACAAUAGCUCUGCGGAGACGAAAUUGUGUACAGUUUGUCUGACAGACGUGUUGAAUGAAGGCUCACACAAUGGUGACAACAUGAAUAAAAUUGACAACAAGAAAGCGAAGACAGUGUACGUUGUAUCGGACGACAGCUCGCAAAACGAGGAUAAGGGUCCAAGCACUUUGUCGCAGAUUGGCAGCAAAUCGAUCGCUAAUGGUAGCACAGCUAUACGCAGUAGGAAACGAUUAAUCGACAGUGAUGUCGAGAGCACACCGUCGAAGUUACAGAAAAUGUCCGUGUCUAUGACUACUAGAUCGGCGAAGGCGUUGUCUGAUUUGGAUCAGCCGUCUACCAGUUUCCAGAAUCAACAGGAACGCAAGAGAAAAGUUGUCACCGAUUGGAGUUCAGACUCCGAUUAUCAAGAGACGUCAGAUAUGAAGAGCAAGUUGACGACACGCAGCGGAAAACAAAUUAGUUCCUCAAAACAAGCUCUUUCGUCAACUUCCGAAGAAGAUGUAAACAGAAGAAUCAGCAUGAGACAGAAAGGAUUCACCUCCAAGGAAAUCACCAAAAAUGCCAGCACACCAGUUGCGUCGACAGCGGACACGAAGAAGCCAGAGGCCGAAAAACGAGAGACUCGCAAUCGAACGAGAUCGGUGUCCAUAUCCAGCAAGGAAAUGACGCCGCCCGUAGAAUUCAAAAGCCCGAAAUUCGUGCUACCGCAGGAGUAUACUUGCGACAAAUGUGAUGAGAAAUUCGACACGAAACUAGCACACACUGAGCACAAGCUAACACAUCUCAAGCAGCUUAAGCUGAAUCUAGAGAGAGUGAAUGUUAUGAAUUGGAAGAAAGGUGAAUUGGAAGUUGCUUCUCAAGAGGACGAAACGAUUUCCGCCGAAGGAGCGGAAACCGGCGAAACCGCGUUGACUGACAAAAGUCAGCUUGGUAAUCAGUCCGAGGAAAUCAACAUUAAUCCCAAUGACACCAUCGACGAUAAGGACGUUCGAAAUAAACACAAGAAAGACUGCAAAAAGGACGAUGAAGCGGAGAAAUCGGCCGCGGAGGAAAAUGAGUCGCAGGAAGAUGAAUCUACGAAAGCCCAAAUCGAGGAGGAGACAACAACGAGUGAAUCGCAACAGAGUGCAGACGCGACGACUGUGUCGAAUGAAACGACAGCGGCGGCCGAGGUGAACGAAGAGAACAAGGAGAACAGAGAUACGAAAAUAGUGAUGAACGAAAAGGUCGAUGCGUUACAGGAUCAAGGUGAUGAAGCGCGGAAAGACGAGCCAAGUUCGGCCACUGUUGAAGAUACCGUCGAUAUUGCUGAGAAUCAAGAGGUAUCGAAUGGCGAGAAAGAAGACGAGGGUGCGAAGGUGAACAAAGACUCGACUGAUCUCAAAGAUUGCUCGGAAGAAGCACCCGCUGCGGAAAAGGAGGAAGAUACCGUUGAGAGUGACACCCUUAAUGAUAAGACAAUUGAGGAUAAUAAGAAUAAGGAUGAUACGACUGAGUACAAUAAAAAUUACGAUGAGAAUCUAGAGAAUAAGCUUGAAGAUAGCCGCAAAGAUGAUGAGGACAAGAUAACUAAGACCGUAGACCAAGAUAUAAAACCGUGCGUAAAUUUACCGGAUGAUUCUCAGAAGAAAAGUCUAAAGAAAUCGGAAGAGAAAGACAAAGUCAUGCCAGAUAUCAGUAACGAAACGUUGAAUGACGAGGAGGACUUGACUAUCAAGAAUCCGAAGAAGCGACAGGAUGCGGUCGACAAAGAAAACGCGGAGACCGAGAAGGUUAUUACGGACAUCGAAAAAAUUGACGAUAAUGCGAAGAAUACUACCAAAUCGAAUAUUUUGCAUUGUGAAACAUUAGAUGACGUGACGUUGGACGACGAGACGUUAGAUGACGAUACGUUGAUCGUUGAGGAUUCUGAAAUCGUUGCAGAGCUCGAAGAUAUUGAGGAAAUCGAGGAGAUUGAGGAAGUUGGAGAAGUCGAGGAAGUUGAAGAAGUUGAGACGGUUGGGGACGUUGAGGAGGUUGAGGAUGUUGCAACUGAUAUGAUGGACAUUAGCGAAGAGGCUCUCGUGAAAUCGAAGAAAGGAGUCACGAAGGAAACGGUCAUGACGUGCGACUUGACAACGGAGGAGGAAACACCAACGGUGGAGGAAAACGAUAUCGAAAAGUUGAUAGAAGAGAACAGUACGGAGUGUGAAGUACAGGAGAAGAAUAAGAAUCGAAGCGAUGUGUCCGAAAACUUGAACAACAUCUCCAUGGAUACAUCUGCUGAGAUAAUGGACGAGGUGUUUGACCUUGCAGCCGCCGAGGUGCAAAAGCGAAAGGACAAUAACGAUGCAAAAAUAAACUCCGAGGAGGAUAUCGAGAUGGAGACUCUGGAGAAUAUCUCGCGUGAGAUACGUAACAGUGCUGAUAUGCCCUCUCUAGAUCCGGUUGGCGCUAUAUCGAUAAAUGACGAGGAUGUUAUCAUGCGGUUGAAUUAAUUUUGUCUAU